UUUCUGUCAAAUGCAGAUGGGAAGAUGUCAAGUGUUAAGGCAUAGUGUCACUGGCAACAGUCUGUAUUUGGUGGGGGGGGACUUGUCACCAUUGUUGCACAAUCUAUACAAACUGAGGAUAUGGCCAGUGUUUCAGAAACAUACUUGUUGCUGAACAGAUGAACACAUGUAGCACUAAGCUUAAUUAGACCUCAGUUUGAUUAUCCGUUGCCUUUUAGUUCUAGAAACUGGCUGGAGAAAGAAAGCAUAUCUGCAUCAGACAGGUUCCAGUGAAAGAAUUGGAAAUAAAGUGCAAAGACACUGAGCUACAUCAAGAGUAAGGAAUGGGCUACAAUCUCCUGCAGUGGAACGGCCAUGGGUUGUGGAGUCAGAAGGACCUAGGCUAAUGGUUAGGUAGCGGAGCGUCUUCUCUCAGUGCGGGUCGCAGCCUUGGUAAGAACAUGUCGUCCAUCUUGCCAUUCACUCCACCGGUUGUGAAAAGGCUGCUGGGAUGGAAGAAAUCAGCCGGUGGGUCUGGAGGAGCAGGCGGAGGAGAGCAGAACGGACAAGAAGAAAAGUGGUGUGAGAAAGCAGUUAAAAGUUUGGUGAAGAAGCUAAAGAAAACAGGACGAUUAGAUGAGCUUGAGAAAGCCAUCACCACUCAAAAUUGUAAUACUAAAUGUGUCACCAUACCAAGGUCUCUGGAUGGCCGUCUACAAGUGUCUCAUCGGAAAGGACUGCCACACGUGAUAUAUUGCCGAUUGUGGCGCUGGCCUGACCUUCACAGUCACCAUGAGCUCAAAGCAAUCGAAAACUGCGAAUAUGCUUUUAACCUUAAAAAGGAUGAAGUAUGUGUAAACCCUUACCACUACCAGAGAGUUGAGACACCAGUUCUGCCUCCGGUACUGGUGCCGCGGCAUACUGAGAUCCUGACAGAACUGCCUCCUCUGGAUGAUUAUACCCACUCCAUUCCAGAAAACACUAAUUUCCCAGCGGGAAUUGAGCCACAGAGUAAUUACAUCCCAGAAACACCGCCUCCUGGAUAUAUCAGUGAGGAUGGAGAAACAAGUGAUCAACAGAUGAACCAAAGUAUGGAUACAGGAUCUCCAGCAGAACUAUCUCCUACUACUCUUUCCCCCGUUAAUCAUAGUUUGGAUUUGCAGCCAGUUACUUACUCAGAACCUGCAUUUUGGUGUUCAAUAGCAUAUUAUGAAUUAAACCAGAGGGUUGGCGAGACCUUCCAUGCAUCACAGCCCUCCCUCACUGUAGACGGUUUCACAGACCCAUCCAAUUCAGAGAGGUUCUGCCUAGGGUUGCUCUCCAACGUCAACCGAAAUGCGACUGUAGAAAUGACAAGAAGACAUAUAGGAAGAGGCGUGCGCUUAUAUUACAUAGGUGGGGAAGUUUUUGCUGAGUGCCUAAGUGAUAGUGCAAUCUUUGUGCAGAGCCCCAACUGUAAUCAGAGAUACGGCUGGCACCCCGCAACAGUGUGUAAAAUUCCACCAGGCUGUAACCUGAAGAUCUUCAACAACCAGGAAUUUGCUGCUCUUCUGGCUCAGUCUGUUAAUCAGGGUUUCGAAGCCGUGUAUCAGCUAACUAGAAUGUGCACCAUAAGAAUGAGUUUUGUGAAAGGGUGGGGAGCAGAAUACCGAAGGCAGACAGUAACGAGCACUCCUUGCUGGAUUGAGCUUCAUCUGAAUGGACCCCUACAGUGGUUGGACAAAGUAUUGACUCAGAUGGGAUCCCCUUCAGUGCGUUGCUCGAGCAUGUCAUAAAGCUUCGUCACCACUCAAGUCCCAUCAAAAGACUUAAUGUAACAACUCUUCUGUCAUAGUAUUUGUGUGUGGUCCCCAUGGACUGUUUACUGUCCAAAAAUUCAAGAGAGAAAACAGCACUUGAGGUCUCAUCAAUUAAAGCACCUUGUGGAAUCGGUUUCCUAUAUUCGAAUAUUAGAUGGGAAAAUUAGUGUCUAGAAAUACCCUCCCAUACAGGAGAAAGAGAAGAUUUUAAAGACUUAACUGAUGUCUUGUUGGGCAUAAAACUGAGUGUCCCAAAGGUUUAUUAAUAACAGUAGUAGUUAUGUGUACAGGUAAUGUAUCAUGAUCCAGUAUCACAGUGUUGUGCUGUUUAUAUACAUUUUUAGUUUGCAUAAAUUUAGGUGUGUGUGUGCUGCUUCUUGAUUUAGGCAAGCCUUUAUAAAGUUACAGUACCUAAUCUGUUAUUCCCACUUCUCCGUUAUUUUUGUGUGUCUUUUUUAAUAUAUAAUAUAUAUCAAGAUUUUCAAAUUAUCAUUUAGAAGCAGAUUUCCCUUGUAGAAAAACUAAUUUUUCUGCCUUUUACCAAAAAUAAACCCUCGGGGGAAGAAAAGUGGAUUAACUUUUGAAAUCCUUGACCUUAAUGUGUUCAGUGGGUCUUACACAUUCAUUUUGUGUUAUUUACUGCUAAAUCUCACUAUAUGGAAACUUUGCAGAAAAUCUUUCCAGACCUCUUCUCCAUUCCCACUUUUGCCCUGAUACCAAAACUGUGUAGCAUGACAUCCUUCACUAGUAAUGGUGACUCUGAUACUGCCAGCACCAGUUAAUUCUGGGGCACAGUACGAGUUCAUACGGAGUAGGUCCCUUUGUCUUACAACAGAUUUCAACGGAUAGUAAUAGACUUGUGUAACCAGGCAGUCUGUUGAUUUAUCCUGACACCUCAUCAAAACACAAAUGGCAGUAUAAUUAUUUUCAGGGAUAUGCUACAAUUACUUCAGUAUAUUUAUCCUUUUUUUAAAGCCAAUCUAUAGAUAUAAACACUCUUUUUUAAAAGCUAUUUUAAAAUAUUUCAGUAGCAGACCUAGUGCUCUCUGAGUUUCAUUUGAUUUAGUUACCAGAUUGUAUUAUGAAAUGGACCUUUUGUAAAUGUAAUUGCUUCUGCAAAAUACCUACGAAAGUGAUGCUGAGGUAUGAUCAGCAGAUAAGGGCCAUCUGUUUUUAAAGUAUGUUGUAUUAAAUUUAUAAAAUCGAUGUUAUUUUACAUAAUUAUGAAUUUAGAAUUUUAAACAUUGGGGGAGAAGCAGUUUAGCAAGUUUUUUAGCUUAUAAUUACUACAGUCCGAGCUGUUAACUAAUCCUGAAUGUGUGGUUGACUAUCAUAACCAAUGACAUUUUAUGCUCUGUGGCAAGAGGAGAUUCCAGAAGCUCUACUGGGAGUCCAUUCAGUGCCAGAUCAUCCUUAUGUCUAAUGUCGACUCUGCAGUUGAAACAGUUCUUGUUUGCGUCUCUUUAGAAAAGGGAAAUAGCCACCACUCCUGACCCCCUUCUAGUAAAUUUUCAGAUUUUUGGAGAUAGACACCUUUGGUACUUUUUCUUUGAAACCGUAUUCAGCUGUCUCUACUGAUACCAUUUUCAGUACUCUCAGCAUUUGAUUGUUUUCUACUAGGUAUUCCCCCAUUUCCCUAUAUUUGUGUGUACAUGUAUGUGUUCAAGCAGACUUGGUAUAGUAAUUUCUCAUUCUUUCAACAAAUAGUUACAGUUCACCUGUUAUGUCCGCCAGGAACCUUCUUUGCUUUGGGUAAAGGUGAACAAGUCAGAUCCGGUCCCGGCCAUGGCUGAGACAUCAGUUACUGUAACCCUUAAUUUAGCUCAUUUGUCUGUGAAGGAGAUAAACGGGACUGUGGUAGAGCACACUCUAAGGAAGUGAUGCUUGAGCUGACAUUUGACGUGAGAAGGGAGCAAGCCAUGGGGAAAGCCCAGGAGAUUGGCAUUCCUGGCAGGGAGAAGGGCAUCAAAUGCCAAGGUUCGUUGUGAAGGAAACUCAUUAUUAGGUAUUAAUGCUGUUGACACAGAAGUCUCUACACAGAUCCAAACUUGGGGACUAGAAGGUUUCUGUAAUUUAUAAUAGUUGAGGGUGGCCUUACUUCGUGAUAGACGGCUUCGUGGGUCCCAGGUAUGACCACUGUCAGACCAGCUGGAGAGAGCCAGUGCGGCCUCUGCCCUUUGGAAGGCUUUACCUUCCUUGGGAACUUGUGAUGAUGUCAGGAAACAGUUCUGGGGCAGAGAACAACUUUGAAAGUGGCAGAAGGGCCUGGCAAUUAGUCAGUCUUGGAUGGAGGUGUCUAGUGAAGCAGUGCCGACAACAGCAGGCCAGCAGUGAUUACAUCUCUACAGCUGUGUCGGGGUUUUUCCCUGCAAUAUUAAACCGGGACAGCGCUUUGAAAAUACCUGUUAUACUGAGCACUUACCACGUCUGGAGCAGUUGACUCCAUCGGUAUUCAAUAAUCUUACAUGCCUUUUUAGGAGAUGCUGUUUCUUGCAUUCUGUUUUGUCUCCUGUGGCUCCAGUUUUGUUGAUUAUUCCCCCCUUUAUUGGGAUUGUUUUCAUUCUUCUGAGUGAUAAGUUCUCAACGUCGAAUUUGGUCUCUGCUUCAGGUGAGCAGCAUUAUUUAGAAUUCCCCCUCCACAGGGCUGGUAACUUGCUCGGUUUCACAUGAGAACUGAGUGAACACGUUUUCCAUCACGUUUCUAAGGUGUGGUGGUUUGCAGUCAAGUCCAUUGAGAGCCGCCCUAGGGAAUCGGAGGCUAGUGACGUUCCCCAUCGACUUCGGUUUAACGAGUGGCAGCUUCAUUUUUAUCCUGUAAUGGAGUUCUAUAUAGAUUUCUUUUUAAAAAAGAGUUUACGGCUUUAAAAAAAAGUUUGUAAAGUCUGUGUAAGUCUGUGUAAGCACUGUUAAGGAUUAAAACACAUGAGUGGACUUCGGCCCACAUUUUGGAACAACCCUGCUUGUGUUCUUUUCUCCUACUUCAGGGAACCUUCCUUGAUGAGGUUGGAACUACACCAGUUAUACUAAUUAUACAUUGCGUCAUCCAUUCAGUAAACAUUUAUUGAUGUCUGCCCUUUACCCAGCCACGGUGCUAGGUGCUGAGUAAUGAAAAGAUGGCAGGAUUUAGUCCUGGCCCUCAAGCUGUGGAGUUACUCCUCUCUCAGGACCUGCCACUUUGCCAGAAGGAAAUCUCCCUAAUUUUUCUUGAAAGCUCAGUAUUCUUAUUCAGUACUCUUACUCUGUAUUCUACGCACAUAAUUGCAAAUUGUUUGAUGUCUAGCGUUUUUCUUAACCUUAAACCAUAUCAGUUUUGCUUGAUUCAUCUGCCUUUAAACUUACCAGAUUUUCUCCUUUGUCAAAAUUAUUUUAAUUUCAAUUUAUUUGUGCCUUUUAGGUCGGUUUCAAUCAAGACUAAGACUUUGAAGGUGAAAAACAAUCAGUCUGGUCUCUUGCUAAUUGAAAUCAAGUAAAAGAUUAUAUAUGCCCAGUUGGUUUCUCUACCUCUUCCAAAAGCUGUCCAAAUAUACCUUUAAGAUCUUUCUGUCUUUUUUAAAAAUUAUUUAGUAAUUAAGCACUUGAGCAUUUAUCCAGGACUCUCCUGGUCUGGUUGAUGGUGAGUUGUAAAGUAACACAGAAAAUGUUCACCUUACUUAAAAUUUUUCUUUAUGUUACUUUCAUAGCUACACAUGAUGAUUUCACAGACUGCGCCCUUCCACACCAUUUCCCCUGUAUCUCUUUAGAUAACUAGGUAGUCUGUGGACAUAAGCAACACAUGGUCUUUUCUCUUACUCUGAUCUAACUCGUCGAUGUCAGACAUGACAAAUUAUUGCCCAGGUUCUUUGCUCAUGUUCAUGAGCUUUACUUGGCUAAAUUCUUGAUAUUCAUCAGCUGAAUUGUAUUCUUCCUCCCCUUCUCAUAACAGAAUGUAUCCCUUGUGGUAUUGCUGGUUGCCCUCUUCCUUGCCAGCCGUGUUUUAUCUGCAGACAUCAGAAUGUUUCUCUCCAUUGAACUUUACUAAAGACCAAAAAGGAUGGUGUUUUUCAUACCCUGGGUCCUAAUUUCUCCACCAUGGAGGUUGGUGGUGUUCCACUUGGUCAAUCAUUUAAAUUUUACAAAUGGCUCAGAAAUUCUCUCCAGUUAAAUGUCUUUGUGACUAGCAAAUAGCAUAAAUUAUAGAUUCUAUUUCAAGUUAUGUUUAGGAUUAGGAACUUUUCCAGUGGUUGCAGCCACUGAUUUUCCUGUAAUACUAGCCCAUUUCCACCUUGGAGCAUAUUGGGUUGUUGUAUUUAGUGCAAUCAAGAGUGAUGAUGGUAGUGAGUGGUCUCUAGAGGUAGUCAGAAUCCUUCCGUUGAGUUCCUUUUCUGUCUUCCUUUUCAAGUUUUCAUGACUAUUUUAUCUGUUCAGACUACCUUUUAUGCGUGAGGAUGGAGGGACAAAUGAUCUCUUAGAGUGGAGUUGCUGUGUUUGGAGCCUCAACCAGGACAUGUCAGCUAUACUGGAUAAAGACAGCCUCAUAACAGCCUUUAUGAUAAGAACUUGUCUAGCGUGUCAUGUAAUUUCUUGAGUAGAAACUGUUUUAUCUUGGAUAUUACACGUAACUUUAUAUAUAGCAUAACUGCCUUAAAUCUUUUUAGUAGGAAAUAAAUUAUAUAACGUGUAUGGAUUUAUGUGUACAUACACACUCCUAGAAAAACCUGAACAGUAGGGGUCAUUUAUCUGCUUAACAUUUUAACACCGUUGAAUGAUUCUGUUGUUUAAAUCUCAGAUCUCAGUAAAAGUUCCCUAAUUUGCUUGCAGACGUUUUCCUUUCAGAUCUUCAGAGUAAUUUAUUUAUUCUGCCAGAGUCGUGAUUUGAUGGUUCAGUUAGUAUGCCAUUUUUAGGCAGCCUGAUAAUUAAGAAUCAUAACUGGAAUUCAUGAACAUCAAAACUGCAAUAGACACCCAUUCAUUAAAUGAUUAUAUAUCCAGUGGUCUCUGGAAGGUACUAGUUUAGGGUUCACUUUUUUUUUUUUUUUUUUUAAAUGUUAGAUUGCCUCUUCCCCUUCUUUUCCUCUUGGUUUAAGAUUGCCAAGCUGCGUAAGAAUACCAUGGGAAGUAGCACCACGGAGUCAAGCUCUUCAGUGGUUCCGGGCAGCCGAAGGUGGUUCAGACCUAACUUUCUUAGCUGUGCUCAGCAGAAAUGGAUUUCCCAAGGUUCUUUGGGUCAUCUCCGACUCACAGAGGAUCUGACCAGAGUGUGUUAGCCUAAGUUAACUUCAACGUCGAUUGGUGUGCUGCCAUGAGAUCUAUAAUGGACCCCAAAUUUCAGCCACUGGUUGAGAUGUAAGGGCCCUUGGAAGAAGAAUGCUGCUGCUGAUGGCAGUGAGGAUUCAUGAAUAGCAGACAAACGACUUCUAGAUUUCUCUUCAAAACAGUUCCUGGAAAAUGAUGUUCUCCUACCCUCCAUAAAAAGAGGGGAAAAAAAAAAAAAGCUCUUAGUUUCUCCAGAAUUUGCAGUUUGCUCUUCUGGGUGGGGGGUUAGGCAUUUGCUUCGUAUCUCUAAUUAAAGAUGAUAAUUUAUUGAAGCCCGAAAUCCAUAAUAUAUUGAUAAAAGGACAGAAGUGAAGUUUUAGAAUUCUAAAAAUACUUCAUUAUGUAUUUUCCAUCUCCCACUCCAGUUUUCUUCUUUCUCUCUGUGGCUUUAAAGCUUUUGGCUAUUUUACACUGUUAGUCACUAGAGAACUUGCCAUAUUUCUGGUUCUAUAUUAAGUUCUACCCUUUACAAUGCCGUAGCAGAAAGUUGAUUCUCAGCAUCUGUCUUGGAGGGAUAAAGUCUCUUCUCCCAAAGAGGUUUUCCUUUUUUCAGUAAGUCCCUUCAGAAAUAUGUUUGUCCAUCUCAUUAUUCACAUUCUUGGAUUAUUCAAACAAAAAAAAAUUGGUGAGAAAGAAUAGGGUGCUUUUCUGGUGAAUGUAUGUACCUGCUUUAAGAAUGUAGUCACUUGUUUGUUUAUGUAACUAAUAUACAUACAGAUUAAUGAAAAUUGGGGGAAAUAAUCACAUAUGUAGCAAGUAGGUAACCUGCAUGGAUAUAAUUUUUUUUUUUUAAUCCUGUUUCUUGCCCAAAUGCAGAACCCAAAUUGGUCACUUUUUAGACCAACUUUACCUCAGGCUUCAUUUUUGCUUUUCUGACCCUGACCUUUAAGGCAUAAAUAUCUGUAUCUUUCUUAGUGAUAGUGAAGCUGUGACACUAACCAUUGUUAGACAAGAGGGCAAAACGAGAAAAACUGGAGGGUAAGAUGAAAGCAGUUCUGCAGUUGUUGAACUAGAUCGCAGCAUCGUAGGCAAAAUAAAAAUGUUCUUAUCUGAGAACACUCUCUGCCAUCUCUUCCCAAGGCCAGACCUUCUGGCAGAACUCUGUUAAAAGUAACAAUUCAAGGCCUUUGUAAUCUGAGGGGAAUAUCUCCAGUUGGCAGUCUUUUCAAUAUAUGAAGCAAGAAUGUGCGAAAUACUUGGCAAAGAGUGUUUUCACCUAAAAAAAGAAAAUGAAAAGACAUAUAAAACUGAAUUAUUCAUUUAGCUCUGAAAAAUCUCAGAAAGAUUCAGUGAAAUACUAUGUAACUGGACAAAACCAGAAGGACCUUUAGAGGAUAUGUCUGAAAACAGGUUUCAAGAACGAGCUUUUAUGUAUACUGAGCACUGAUUUGCUUAGGGUACUACUGACUAUUAAAAUCGACACCGUUAAAUAAGGUAUGUAUAGACUUCCUAGGAGCUAGCCAUUAGCAAGUGUCCUCAAAAUUUUUUUUGAGCUGAUGCCCUCAUAGGUAGCUUUCUGCUCUUGGAAAGUCUUAUCUUUUCCCUAGCGAUCCUAAGGGAAGAGUGAGCAGUGGGCUCAGGGUGCCCUACUGACCCCGGGGUGCUUGGGACUGAGGCAUUCCCUGGCUGCAGGACUUUUCGUUCCAAACCUGGGGGAGUCCCGGGCACACCGGGAGGAAGGGUCACCCUAAGUGCUCUUGUGAUUGACCCUCACUCCUGUAAACAUUGUAGUUGUUGCAAUUACGUUCAGCUGUCUUCGCCUGUCAACAUUUGGGAUACUUGGAUAGGUGUCCUCCAAUCCCUUAUUACUGUGGGUGGACUGUGAGAUUCGUAACCAAUAACUAUGGACCCAGCGUGGUGGUGAGACAAACACUUAGGAAUGCAGGGAAGGUAACCGGGGGUUUCAUGAAACAGAGAAGAGGCAGCUAGACAGCGAAGUUCUUCAGAACCUGUGUGUGUAUGGAAGUACAAAUCACGUCUUGAUGGGGUUACAGCUAAUCUGAAGUUUAACUUUUUAACAAUAAGAGAAAACUGAGUGGUAUUGCGGAUUUCUUUUCGCUUGAGGGAACAUCUGGCCUUUGAUGCUCUGUCCCCUGCUACAUUCCCCAGACUGUCCUGCUCAGGAAGCCAGAAUGGAGUGUUUAUUCUCGACGAAUGUUGUAUUGAGAUUACCGAAUGCAUCAGCCAAUGGCAGGUGAAGGAACUGGGUGUCCUGAUCCAGACUGAGCAGUGCUCUCAGUUUCGGUAGCCCCCUACCCCUCAGGUGCUUACCAGCUAGAACACCAACCCCGGGAGGUGAGAUUUGUCUAAUGCAGCAUUAAUUUUGUAAUGCAAUAUGCUGGAUGCAGAGUCUGUCGUCGUUUGCCUGUGGUAGUCCUCGGAGACCGCAUCCUCUGUGCACUGUGAUGUAGACGGUAGAUGUAUUCUUUGUAAGCUUUAAUCCUAUGGUUGUCAAAAGUACGACGUGGUUCCACUUUUUUUUUUAACGAUGAGCUGAGGCUGUAUUGCAGCUGGUUUUCAAGUUAAAAUUGUGAAAUACUGAUUUCCUUCCCCCCCGCCCACACCAAAUAUUUUAGUCUAUUUAAAGUACAAAAAAAAAAUAGUUCUACUUAAGAAAAUAUUGCUUAAAUGUCCUGUGAUUUCUGGUCAAUUUUUAUAUAUAUUUGUGUGUGUCUGUAUGUGCUUUCACUUUUUACCUUGUUUGCUCUCUACCUGUGUUAACAGUACUUUCACCAUUGAAAGGUGAACAUUUUUCCUAGCAUUAAAAAGAAAAAGCCACUUGAGUUGUUUACCAUGUUAUUAUGGGACUAAUUUUUAAUUGUUUUAAUUGAUUUGAAUUUAAACCAGUCAUUUUUAGAGGGGGUUAUAUUUUGCUGUCCAUGCCCUAAAUGAUACGAAAACAAAGAAAUGUGUAUGUAUUUCACAUACUGGCAGUAUGAUAUUAAGAGUUCAUCUUUUUUAAGUUUUGUGUUAUAUAAAAAGUAUACUCCCCUCCGCUGGCAGGCUGACAGCACUGCUUAAUAUUCCCUGCCACAACACACAUGUAACGCCUACCCCACAGUGCUGGUAAGUUACACAUUUUAGUUUAUUUCGGAGCUUGCUUGUGCCAAAUUAAUGGUCUCUGAUACGCAUCAUCUGUGCUGCAAACAAAAACAGACUAGAAGGUGAAAGUCACAUUUACUCUCCAAAUACACUCUUAGCAAGAAAAAAAAAAAAAGACAAAACAGACUUCUGUAAGAUUCCAUUGAAAAAUCUUAGGUAACCUGACACAGCUUACUCAUAAUUAGUUAUAUUGUCAUGAAACCAUUGAAAAAGCUAAAAUAACUUUUUAGGUCAGCCAAUUCCUUUGUGCCUUGCAAGAGCUCAGCUCCUCGGAUGAAUCAGUACUUCUCUGGUUAGCAGACUGCUUUUUUCAAUCAUUGAAAACAGACACGCUUUAGGAUGCAACACAAGGGGCCUCGGAAGCUGAAAUCCACUCCCCUGCUUGGCCUUGUAUGGCCCAGGGACAGGCAUGGCUUCAUCAGCCAUGGCGCAUUGGUAGAAACCUAUGUAAACAAACCCUACUUAAAUUGCCACACCAUUAGAACUCUUUAAACAAUCUAAAAGGAACCGUCCAGCAUUGACUACAGUAUCACUGCACUUGACAGAUGGCUAGAGGAGAUCCUUUUCCACUGUCCCCUCUCCCUGGGAUCAUUCCUGUUCAUUAAGCUGUUAGUGACGCUGGUUUUCUGCACCAGAGGAUUCUCAUUAGAACCAGUGUCCAUAACUGCACAUACUCAUCAAGGGGCUGAAGACUAGGGGAGAAAUAUGUGAUAUGUUUGGGUUUUUAUCCCCAUUUGGCAAAUCCUUUUUUCCGCCUUGCUUCAAAAUAGAUUGAAAGCCCUUUAGUUUGGAAGCAAGCCUAUUACCAUCAAAGAGAUGUAUUCCGGUGCAGUCAUUUUAAGCACGCAGUGUGUCCAAGGUGAAGACUGUUCAUUUGCUGCUCAAGAACAUGUUUGCAUCAUGCAGUUGUCCAGCUUCUUUUUUAACAGACUCAUCCUUUUCAUCAAAAUACAAAGCCCACAGUGAAAAUUAAAAGUUCACAAAUGUAGGAAUCCAAAAGAAGUCAAAGGCAUACAUAAAAGCUAUUUUCUGCAGUGAUAAUUAGGUAUAGAAAUUUGUAGAAUUGGUUUAACUGAUGGUUAUUUUGUAAAAAAGCAAAUGUCAUGCUGGCUUGCACAUAGGAAGACAAUUGCAUUUUUAAAUCAACCACAUCACUAGAAGGCAAGAACACUGAAUCACAUAUGGGUACCAAGUUCAGUCAUAAGCCACGCCAGACUAAGCCUCCGUUUAGGAAGCUGCAAGUGACAGAAUGUGUUCCUCUGCCCCAGCACAAAGCUACGUGACCUUAUGAUUGGUUGUGGAGUAAAUGGAGUUUGAGAUAGGGAUUGACCACCGCUUUUACCUUCUGUCUUCAGUAGUAUUGUUAGCUGCCUCUGCACCUGCCUUAUUGCUAAAAGGUAAAUAAGAUUGCUUAAAAAGAUUAUAAAGUAGUCUAGGAAAGAUGAUCAUAGAGGAAGGAGAAGGUGCUUCUGAAUAAUGUGCAGUAAGAGGAUGGACAAAAUACCAUCGAAGCACGGUAUUCAAGAGUGCAUUCAAUGUGGACGGAUGGAGAGGACUCGAGAAGCCGUUCAAAAUGAGGUCUUGGAGCUGAAGAUGUUUGUGGCUCUGAAUGGGCUCCAAAGCCGGACGGCACCACUGAGCCACUGCUGUGUGCGGUGAGCGGAAAGCGGACAGCCACAAGCUGGGUAGAUGCUAGCCCACACCUAAUAGCGGAGCCUGGGUGUCCAGGAGGGAAAAGCCACAGGUAGCUGCGCGGCACCUUGAGUUUCAUCAUGGACAAUGAGGUGGUGCCACCUUGCAGGCGGUCUGGAGCCAAGCUCAGGAGAGUCCCGGCCAUAGCCCCAGCCAAGGAGGGGCUGCUUGUUUGGCAUGGGGAGUUGAAACAUACGUGUGUGUGUGUGUAUGUAUAUUAACAAACAACAUUUGCUCACUUAGAGCUGGACAUCAUGAAUCUAGAGAACCCUUUGGAGUUUUAUGCAGGAUUUUGGGAUGAAAAGUAAUAGUCAUCAUCGGCCUUAAGCACUGCCUGACAGUGAUUCUCCAUCGAGACCACCUAUCUUGAACUUCAGCUAGCAUUUACUCUGAUUUUAAAUCUUACUCAAGUUUUAGUCAUGAGGUACCUUAUCUCUAGGCUAUACUUGACCCCACUUUUGCAUAGAAAUGCCAUAUAAAUAAGAUUUUAAUGCAAAUGAUGACCCACCUCGAAAUGUUUGAAGUUUUUUUUGUUUGGGCUGCAGUGGGAGGAAGUAAGAUUUAAACAAGCCUAGCUUAACAUCUGGAGUAGUAUUCUAAGUUGCCUUUUUAUAUUGAAAAUAUUUCUAUCUUGAAAAAAACCAGAUUUGUUGUCUUUGUUUUACCCAAGAACCACAAACUACAUCGUUCCAACUUUUAAAUCAAGAUCUUGAAUAAUAGUGUGUGGUAGCACCACAUUUUAAAAACGUAUUUAGUCAAUCACAAACACAUUUUCUAAGGAAUUGAAUUUUAUAGAGAUAAUUGAAUGCUUUCAUCUGUAACAGCAUUAGUGGCCUGCAAACCGCUGUGGUUUCUUCCUAUGCUCUUAAGUUGUCGAAGGGGACUUUUCCACUGCAAGUUACUUGUAUAAAGGAACUAUGAGGCACAGGAGAUUCGGUUCUUCAACUCUCAAAUGAUAACCAGUGACGAACUGUUAAACUCUAAAAGCUUAACUAUUUUAUUAACUGAAGCAUUAUUUUCUUGUCUUUUAUCGUUUCAGUAUCCAGGUGCUUAAAUUUUACGUAAAUAUAAAAUCAAAUAUGUUAAUAAAACCAAGCGAGAUGUGGCAAACUAAAUUUGGAGUUCCUAGCAAUGUCUGUAUAACCUCUUGUGUGAUUUUCAUCGGCCAGAUGUCAGCGGCAUUCUCUCCUCUGCAUCCUGUUUUCCUGUUUCCCCCUUUUCUGCUCUAUCCCUGUAACCCCCUGCACAUAAACCCUUAGAAAACUUCCUUAUCUUAGAAUAUUUCAUUGAUUUGUUUCUGUAUUUUUUAAGAACUGAAAUCACAAACGGGAGAGAUGUCUAAGAAUCUGAGUUGUUCCUACGUUUUUUAAAAGACCACCUGUGAAAAUUGGUACAUAUUUUGUGCGUCCACUCUUCCCUAGUUCAUAUUGGCGUGGGUGUGCUUUUUUUCCAAAUCAGUACUACUGCCAAGGAACAACUGAUCUUCAAGUUUACAAUUACAGAUUUAGUGAUUGUCCGAAAAGGGCUGUCGAACAUGAACUCCUUUAAGAUAACACUGGGAAAUAGGGGAUCUGUGGAAUUCAGGUCGCCUGGGUGUUUCUCAGCUGGGGAUCGCAGUACCCUUAGGGCCAUGUAAGCCCCAAGAAUGCUAAGUAAGGCUGGAAUGCUUGAAGGAGACUGCCCCUGUCACGGUCAAAUACUUGAGUUAUCUUGGAUGAUGGAAUAAAAACUCAGUUGCGUUCUUUAAACAAA